UGACCCAUCAGCUAACUUCCCUCACUCACUAAUUACUUAAUCAUUCUCUGCAAGCCAAUUACAGCUACUCUCUCUCUCUCAAAUGGCAACUGAGAAUUACAAGUCGCUCGACGCCGUAACCGCCGCCGAUAUAGCGGCGUUGGGCAUAUCUGAGGAAGCCUCCGAUCAACUUCACCGCCAGCUGGCCGGAAUCCUCGAAAUUCACGGAGCCGGAACUUCCCAAACAUGGCAGAGCAUCUCCAAAAACCUUCUCACACCGGACCUACCGUUUUCUCUUCAUCAGAUGAUGUACUAUGGCUGCUACAAACACUUCGGACCUGAUCCUCCGGCCUGGUUGCCCCGCCCUGAUGGAGCAAAUAUGACUAAUGUUGGCAAACUGUUGGAAGAGCAUGGAAAAGAACUCUUGGGGUCAAAAUAUGUGGAUCCUAUUUCAAGCUUCCUUGAUUUUCAGGAAUUUUCUGUCUCAAACCCUGAGAUUUAUUGGAAAACUUUAUUUGUCAAAAUGGGUAUCCGUUUUUCAACUCCUCCUGAAUGCAUUUUGCGUGAGGAUCCUGCUGAACCAGGUGGUAUUUGGCUCCCCUCGGCAACUUCUAAUCCAGCAAACAAUUGCUUGACAUUGAGUGAUCAGAGGACCCUUGAUGAUGUCGCUGUCAUAUGGCGCGAUGAAGGAGAUGAUGAAUUACCUUUAAAUAAGAUGACAAUCAAGGAGCUUCGUGCAUCAGUUUGUAAGAUCCUUUUUAGUUUAUGGUGACAAUUAUGUGUUUUUGCUGUAAGAUGUAUAUUUUUCAUGUUUCCUUUCAUUCUAAUCCUGCCAAAUUUGGACCUUCAAUCCCAGGAUGUCAUUGUUCGAGGAGGUAGAGAACUUCCAUUAUACAGUCGAGUUGUUGAUGCACAAUCACCGAUAGCAAUUGUAAUUCCCAGUAGAGGCUGCAGUAUCAGCAAGACAUUACGUGAUAAUGACAUUUCCUGGCAGAGUUUUCUUGAGAGAGCCAAUGAUUCCAGAGAAGUUGAAUUUAUUGCUGUGGAAAAACCAACUAAAGCAUUCACAAAUAUUCUCUUCUCAUCAGGAACAACAGGGGAACCAAAAGCAAUACCAUGGACUGUUGCCACACCUUUUAAAGCUGCUGCUGACGGAUGGUGUCACAUGGACAUUCGCAAAGGUGAUGUAAUUGCUUGGCCAACUAAUCUUGGGUGGAUGAUGGGUCCUUGGCUUGUUUAUGCUUCAUUAUUAAAUGGGGCUUCAAUAGCUCUAUAUAAUGGAUCUCCCCUUGCUUCUGGAUUUGCCAAGUUUGUGCAGGAUGCUAAAGUGACAAUGCUUGGUGUUAUACCUAGUAUUGUGAGGGCAUGGAAAACUGCAAAUUCGACAGCUUCUUUUGAUUGGUCAACCAUCCGUUGCUAUGCAUCCACUGGUGAGGCAUCUAAUGUGGAUGAAUACCUCUGGCUGAUGAGUAGAGCUCAAUACAAGCCUGUUGUUGAGUAUUGUGGUGGCACUGAAAUAGGCGGUGGAUUUGCUACUGGUUCUUUGUUGCAAAAUCAAUCCCUAGCAGCUUUUAGCACACCUGCCAUGGGCUGCAGUCUGUUUAUUCUUGGGGAUGAUGGCUUUCCGAUUCCACAAAACCAACCUGGAACUGGUGAACUAGCCCUUGGUUCGCUCAUGUUUGGAGCAUCUAGCUCGUUACUGAAUGCUGACCACUAUAGUGUAUACUUCAAGGACAUGCCAGUUUGGAAUGGAAAGGUUCUCAGGAGACAUGGCGAUCUCUUUGAGCGUACGUCAAAAGGCUACUACCGCGCACAUGGCCGUGCUGAUGAUACCAUGAAUCUUGGUGGUAUAAAGGUUAGCUCGGUUGAGAUUGAGCGAAUAUGUAACGCAGUGUGUCCAGAUAUCCUGGAAACAGCAGCAAUUGGGGUGCCACCUUCCGGUGGAGGACCAGAGCGGUUAGUAGUUGCCGUUGUGUUCAAGGACUCUGACAAACCACAGUUGGACUCGAGUAGUAUGGCUAAAAUUUUCAAUUCAGCCCUUCAAAAGAAGUUAAACCCUCUCUUCAAGGUGUCCGAUCUCAUACCCCUUUCUUCUCUUCCAAGAACAGCUACAAACAAGGUGAUGAGAAGGGUUUUACGAGAGCAGUUCUCUCAAAGUGAUCAGAAUUCGAAACUGUGAUGCAAAGGCCGUUGAACGUCUGUACACUAAUAUAGUUUACUGUACGUUAUCUGGAGAUAUGGAUCCGAACUUCACAUAAUACACCACAGUUAAUAAGGUGAACCGAAAACAUUUUUGUAUUGGGGUUUCUACAUUUUUUUAAGAAUUCAACGAAUAAUUUCACCAAAUUACAAGUUAUUUACUCUGAUGGCUCUUUUGAA